GUCAACAGUACAUGUACAAAAAGAUUGCGAAUGCGAAAGCGAAAGACAGAUUUAUCACACAACACACGUUUAAAGAUUAUGAUAUUGUGGUGAAUAUUAAUUAAUUCCAUUAACUAUUAGCUGUUCUUCUCGUUUUUUUUUCGACUAUUACCAUGAUUUUCAAAGUAGUGCGAACUGAUACAGAUAAUAAUUACAAAAUAAAACUUCCGUUUGGUGUAUUUACGAUUGGUAGAAGCCACUUUAAAAUUGAAGAGGAUUUAAGAAUAUCACGUAACCAUGCUCAGCUGGAAGUGACCGCAACUACUCUCACCCUUAAAUCAUUACACAAAAAUCCAUGUUUCUACAUUAAAGAAGGCAAAGAAAUACAUGUAUUGAAACAGGAUUGUUCAGUAGAACUCACUCAUGGUAACAAGUUUGGACUGCUACCAGAAGUUUUUUGGUAUGAAGUGCAACAGUUACCUGAUGAAGAUUCAAAUGAAAGUGACAAAGAUGAGACAGUACUUGUACCAAAUGGAACUUCUACAGAUAACGAGGUUCGCACAUCAAUAAGUGAGGAUAAUGAUCCACAAUCUAAUCAACAUACUGAUACUGCACCAAACAAAACAGACAUCAAUGGAAUUUCACCUCAAGUGCCUUUAGUAGAUAAUGCGGUGACUCCAACUAAACGGAACAACACUUCUAUGGAUACUAGUCCUGUGGAUGUUAAGAAAGUUAAAACUGAGCCAGUGGACAGUAGUAUUGUGAAAACAGAACCUAUGGACACAAGUAAUGUUCAGGUUGAGCCUGCGGUACAAAAUGCUGAUGUAACAUCAGGCAAUGCCACUGUCAAAGUUGAGCCUACAGAGAGUUCCAAUGCAAGGGUUGAUCCUAACACUGGAAAUGCGGCAAGUCCGAGUGAUGUUCAACCUGGUACAUCAAAUAAUGACCAAAGUGGCAAUAAUGCUGCACCCACAUCACCUGUGAAACCUACAGUGCGGUUACGAGAGAGAUGCUUUUAUGGAGCCAAUUGUUAUAGACGGAACCCCCAGCAUCGUGAGGACUUCUGUCACCCGAAUGACUCGGACUGGGGCUCCGGCGAGCAGACAGCGUGUCCGUACGGCAGCGGCUGCGGGCGCCGCGACCCGCGCCACUGGCGCCUGCACUCGCACCCCGCCGGCGCCGCCCCGCCCGCGCCGCGCCCCCACCCGCCAGGUAUGCGAAGAGUAGAACGUCACGGUAACAUCUACUACAUAAAUGCACACACAGUUAACUUUUACGACGACCAUUUUGAAACGGAAGAUUCAGAUGGUGACAGCGUCGAUUACGAUUAUGAGUUUUAAAUGAAUGAAUUCCAAAAAAUAUACAAAUAAAAUUUUAAUUAUGUUUAAUAUAAUAUGAAUAAUGAAAAGAAAUAUACUGUUUUCAAGUGAUAUCAUUUUAACCAGGUAAACAAAGGAAAAGGAGGCAAAGGAGAGUAUCUUUAAGUGAUGAAGAUUCUCCUGUUGAUAAUCUCAUAGUGGUAGGAAAGAGGAGCCGAAA